AGUCUGAGUAGCCGAAAUCGCUCAGCAGAGGAAAUCAUGUGAGCCAGAUGUGCUCACGAGGCAUCGCCAAUGCAUUCUGCUGAAACCCAGUGGCUUGCAGGCUCACACAUAUACAGCGCACCUUCCUAAAUGAAUGUGUGCUUUCUUUAGGUUUUUCUUUAAGUUAAACCACUGGGUGGAUGAGUUUUAAAUCUGGGCACACUUCUGGCGUGUGAUGCUUAAUCUACGGUAAACUGGGCUUUUUGGAUUUCCAGAUGUUGUCUUUAUCAUAGGAGACGGUCCAGUCUUGCAUGUGUCGUCUGCAGUGCGACCCGAUCAGGCUCAGAGGAUGGAGAACGUGGCGCUGGAUCAGUCUGCAACGGUGGAGGAGCUGGUGGAGGCCUCCAUCAAAGUGUUCGAUGCUGAGGGGCCAUCAGGUGACGUAUCUCGCACCAGAAUGUUCCUUAUGAUGCAUUCCUGGUAUCUGUCCUCCACAGACCUCGCCAAAACCCUCUUGGUCAAGUCACAGGAUCCAAAUUGCUCCUCCAGUCGGCAGUUGCAGAUCUGUCAUCUUAUCAAGUAUUGGAUAUCUGAGUUCCCAGCAGAGUUUGAUCUGAACCCAGAGUUGGCCAAUCAGAUCAGAGAAUUCCGAGACCUUCUCACAGCGAAUGGAAGUAACCACCUCAGUCAACUGAUUGACAUUCAGAGCGUACCCUCGUACUCGUGGAGACGGCAGCUGAGUGACCAGAGCCAGACCCUGUCCAAGAAGAGCAAAACGUCCCUGCUGUUCGAUCACCUGGAAGCUUCCGAGCUGGCGGAGCACUUCACUUAUUUGGAGUACAGGUCCUUCAGCAAGAUCCUGUUCCAGGACUACCACAGCUUCGUGAUGCACGGCUGCACAGUGGAUAACCCCAUCCUGGAGCGCUUCAUCACCCUCUUUAACAGCGUGUCCCAGUGGAUUCAGCUGAUGGUGCUAAGCAAGCCGACGGCCCCGCGGAGAGCAGCGGUUAUUUCUCAUUUCAUCAAAGUGGCCAAGGAGCUGCUGCAUCUGCAAAACUUCAACACAUUAAUGGCGGUCGUGGGCGGCCUGAGCAACAGCUCCAUCUCUCGUCUCAAAGAAACCCAGGCUCUCAUUAGCAGUGAGGACCGUAAGGUUUUUAACAGUCUAGUGGACGUAGUGACGUCCAGCGGGAACUACAGCCAUUAUCGCCAACGCUUCUCCGAAUGCGAGGGCUUCCGUUUCCCCAUCUUGGGCGUCCACCUGAAGGACCUGAUCGCGGUGCACGUGGCCCUGCCAGAAUGGGCCGACGCCGCCAAGAGCCGGGUCAACCUGGUCAAGACCCAGCAGCUUUACAGCAUCCUUCAGGAGCUGGCACUGAUCCAGGCCACACCGCCCAGCAUCACUGAGAGGAACGACCUUCUCAACCUGCUCACGGUGUCCUUAACACAGUAUCACACAGAGGAAGAUAUCUAUCAGCUUUCACUGCAGAGAGAGCCUCGUAAAGUUGACCGAGCAAUGUCCGUCUACAACGCGCCCCCUGUCAUUGAGGAAUGGUCAUCAGUAAAAGCAACAGCUGACCCUGCCAUUACAGGCAAACACAUAGAGAAGAUGAUUGAGUCAGUGUUCAAGAACUUUGACACAGAUGGAGAUGGGCAAAUUUCUCAGGAGGAAUUUGAGAGCAUCAAAAACAACUUUCCCUUCCUGAAUAAGUUUGAUGACGUGGACAGAAACCAGGAUGGGAGGAUUAGCCAAGAGGAGAUGAUCGAGUACUUUAACAAAGCCAUUUCCCAGCUGAGCGGGAAGAUGGGCUUCGUCCACACGUUCGUGGAGAUUCACAGUAUCAAGCCUACUCGCUGUGACCACUGCUCAGGCGUCAUCUGGGGACCUUACAAACAAAGAUACAAAUGCAAAGUCUGUGGAGUAAACUGUCACAAGGCCUGCCGUGACAGUCUGGCUGUUGAGUGUCGUAAGCGGACGAUGUCUGUGAGCUUUGAGGAUUUUGCUUGUCCACGAAUUCGGUCCUUAAGUUUUCCUCCCCCUGUUGUGUCUGAACAGGCUGAGCAUAGUUCAGUAAUUCCAGAGCAAUCUCGGGGGGAAGAAGUGUUUGACACCCACCUUUGAUGAGCCCCCAGGAGCGAGAGGAUCACGUGACUGCAGGUUACUAAUCAGUGUAAUUACCAGGACACCUAUUUAAAAAUUGAUUCAUCGUGCAGCUGAAAGAGAACAGUCCAUUUCUUUUUUGUUGUUGUUGUUUAAGUUGGCCAGUGUUGUUUGUAUCAUUCAGCCGCUCAGACCAGAGGUCAGCUGGCUUGUUGCCUAGUUUCCAGAGGCGGUCGAGAGGCAGCCCACGAGAAUGCCCAGCAGAAGGCUGCUGUACAAGGAAGAGGGCAGAAAACGUGCAGAGCCUUAUUUUUCGACAUUUUCUAAACCCCCCGUUGCUUUUCUUAUCACAGACACUGGCUCAGUGAGUUCUGCUAAACCUGUUUGCACCGAUAAAUGUAUGUGAAUUCUUGCCAGCAUCAGAACUUUAUGCGGAUGUGGCAUUUGUUUGUUUGUGUAUGUGUGUAUGUGUGUAUUUUGUUUUCUCAUCAUGGCAUUGAAAAAGGUCAUUUGUAAAUAAAAUGUGCCUCAUGCCUGAUAAAUGCA